AUGUGCGACGACACCACAGAGCGUGCAUAUAAGCAGAACAAGUCCGCGCAGCAAAAGCAAUACAGAGACAGGGAGGUCGACAGCUUUGCCGAGCUUCGCGAAGUCAUUCGCGAAGUGACAGAUGAUCAGGAACCCCCUAGGACAAGACAUGAGACACUAUUGAAAGCUGCACAACUCAUCAAGCAGCUUAAGCUUGACUUGAUGAAUCUGAAGCUGCACCAGCAGCUUCGCACGCUGAAAUCAUCUCGAAAUGACGAAUACUGCCCUACAGCGCAGAUACCCGCUAUGUCCUUGCACUGGAACAGUGAUGUCAAGUCGGUUGGCACGCGCCGGACGACAGAAAUCGUACCGCAAAGCACACCGCGCGACUUUUGCAUCGGCGUGAGGUCUGGGGUGUACGAUGCCGCCGUGCUGGAGGAUCACCCAGUAUACGUCCGUCGGACCCCCCUUGAACCAGUCUCGCAUCUCCUAUGA